AUGGCGAGCGGGACCUUCGAAGACAUUGUGCGGAAGCUCAGUGUCCCUGACAUCGAGCUUCGGGUCAAGGUCGAAGCAGCAACGGCCCUGCGCGACCAGCUCGAACACUAUACCACUGGCCAGGUCUACCCGAAUUUCCUGAAGCGAUUGAUGCCCGCCUUCAUCAUCAUUCUCCGAUCACCAUGCAUCUUCCAAGCGAACACGCCCGAGCAGGCGAACGCCCAGAGACUGCGCAACUGCGUGCUAGAAAUCCUCCACCGUCUUCCGACCCAGCCGUCACCACCCGAGCCCUUCGCGCCGUAUGCCGAAGAAGUCGUCGAUCUCUUAAUGACCCUGGUCCGAACCGAUAACGAGGACAAUGCCAUAAUAUGCAUCAAGACCAUCUCGGAUAUCAUGCGCCAUCAACAUGCGGUGCUCGGUUCAAAAGUACAGACCUUCCUGAGCUUGAUCCAGGAUCUGUUUGAGCAAUUGGAUAGAGUGGUGAGGGAACAGAUCGACAACACGUCGUCUACCGGUCCACCAGGUGCACCGUCUACCCCCGGUAGUACGCAGGCUGCCUUUCCGCCGCAUCAACAGUCGCCGAGACCAGGAUCUCCAGUCGCUACUGGUGGUCCUCCCGAUUUCAAUGCCGAUGCUAAUCAGCAGUCCAACAGGCCGCUACUCAAAGGCAUGCAAUCUUUUAAAGUCCUGUCCGAAUGUCCCAUUAUUGUUGUGUCGAUAUUCCAGGUCUACAGGAACACGGUUGCGCAAAACGUCAAGGCCUUUGUACCCUUGAUCAAGUCUGCCCUGAGCUGCCAAGCGAAAGCUCAGGAUCAAGCACACAAAGAUGCCGCGGCGCGAGGGACCAUCCACACAGGUGUCAGCCCAAACAUUAAGAAUCGGGCCGCCUUUGGAGACUUCAUCACCGCCCAGGUGAAGACCAUGAGUUUUCUGGCCUACCUGCUGAGACAGUACUCGCAACAACUCACAGACUUUCUGCCCUCUCUACCAGACAUCGUCGUUCGCCUGCUCAAGGACUGUCCGAGGGAAAAGUCUAGCGCGCGGAAAGAAUUGCUGGUGGCCAUCCGGCACAUUAUUAACUUCAAUUUCCGGAAAAUCUUCCUGCCCAAGAUCGACGAAUUGUUGGAAGAGCGAACGCUGAUUGGAGAUGGCCUUACUGUCCAUGAGACCAUGAGACCUCUAGCGUACAGUAUGCUGGCUGACCUUAUCCAUCACGUUCGAGAGAGCCUCACGCCAGAACAAAUCCGCAAGACGGUGGAAGUGUACACUCGCAAUCUGCAGGAUAAUUUCCCGGGCACCAGCUUCCAGACCAUGAGCGCGAAGCUUCUCCUCAACAUGGCUGAGUGCAUAGCACGCUUGCCAAACAAGGUGGACGCGAGGCAUUAUCUCAUCAUGAUUCUGAACGCCAUCGGCGACAAGUUCGCUGCCAUGAACAGGCAAUAUCAUAAUGCGGUCAAGUUGUCCAAGCUAUACGCCCUGCAAACGGCUGGCCUCUUCCCCGAGACAUAUUUGGCCGACAAGAAGCACCCGCCAGAGUGGGACGAAAUCGACAUUUUCACUGCGAUGCCCAUCAAGACAACAAACCCUCGCGACAGGGCUGCGGAUCCGGUGGUCGACAACAAAUUUCUGUUCAAGAACCUGAUGAACGGGCUCAAGAAUACCGUCUACCAGCUGAAGAGUUGCAAUCCACAGGGCAGUGUUGACUUGACAGGUGCCCCUCAUCCAUGGGCAGAAGUUGCCCAUGGAUUUACUGCCGAGGAGGUCAAGGUCAUUAUCAAGCUGUUCCGCGAAGGCGCCUACGUUUUCAGAUACUACGAAAUCGAGAAGCCGGUCACCGAGUCGCUGUACAGCUCCCCAGUAGAGUUCAUGGCGAAUUUCUACAUGGUUUCUAGUGGGAAGGAGGAAAAGGACCUCUUGGAGACUUUUGCGACGGUUUUCCACUGCAUUGAUGCCGCUACUUUCCACGAGGUUUUCCAACAAGAAAUUCCACGACUUUAUGAAAUGAUGCACGAGCACACGGCGCUCCUGCACAUUCCCCAGUUCUUCCUGGCCAGCGAGGCCACUUCCCCAAGCUUCUGCGGCAUGCUUCUGCGCUUUCUUAUGGAGCGGAUCGAAGAUGUUGGCUCGGCCGACAUCAAGAAGUCGGCCAUUCUCCUGCGGCUCUUCAAACUGGCCUUCAUGGCGGUUACCCUGUUCGCCUCGUCCAACGAGCAGGUUCUGCUACCUCAUGUGGUGGAUAUCGUGACCAAGUCCAUUGAGCUGUCGACCAAGGCGGAGGAACCGAUGAAUUAUUUCUUCCUGCUUCGCUCCUUGUUCAGAAGUAUUGGAGGUGGCAAAUUCGAGCAUCUCUACAAGCAGAUAUUGCCGCUGUUGGAAAUGCUGCUGGAUGUGCUGAACAACCUCCUGCUGGCUGCCCGCAAGCCAUCCGAGCGCGAUCUCUACGUCGAGCUUUGUCUUACGGUGCCCGCAAGGCUGAGCAACCUCCUACCUCACUUGAGUUACCUGAUGCGCCCUCUGGUAGUAGCGCUUCGGGCAGGUACAGACUUGGUGGGACAAGGUCUUCGGACACUGGAGCUCUGCGUUGACAACCUCACGGCUGACUACCUUGAUCCCAUCAUGGCACCCGUUAUCGAUGAUCUCAUGACCGCCUUGUUUGAUCACCUCAAGCCGCACCCUUACAGUCACUUCCACGCCCACACCACGCUGAGAAUUCUCGGAAAGCUUGGAGGUCGCAACAGGAAGUUCAUGACCGACGCGCUGCCUGUGACGUUUGAGCAAUACGUUGAUGAUCGUGCCAGCUUUGACGUGAGAUUGAUUGGGUCGAAGAGAGACAGAGCUUUCCCAGCCCAUCUCGGAAUUGACCUGGCUGUUCAGAAAUUGAUGGAAACGCCAAAGCCUGGGAAAGGCCUGUCAAGUGUUGCGGCCAAACAAUAUGAUGCCUACUACAAGAAGCAGGCCUUGAGUCUCAUCACGGCCCAGGUGAAGCUCCGCAUCGGGUUUGACAACCUUCCGGAUGAUCUUCCCCGUCUGGUACGGCUCCAGGCGCAAGACUUGGUGAAACGCAACAGGGCUGUCGAUAUUUCUGCCUUUGAAACCACCGAUCGGGAGCGAUCAAUUGUCAAGAAGAACGAGGAAGAGGCGCUGCUGAAGCGGCUCAUCAAGGCGCUUGUGUUUGCCGAGUCUAUCCCAGCCUUCAAGUCGGAGGUAGAUGGCUUUCUCAUGAAUCUUGCUCGGCAUUUCACCAUUGUCGAGGUUGGACGAGCACUGGUUGACAUGAAGAGAUUGGUCAGCCCGUUUGACCACAAAGCGGGCGAGGGACCUCUGUUCCUUGACUCUCGGGUGUUUUCCGACGCAAUUCUGGACUCGCUUGCAUCAGAGAACCCCGAGAUCAGAGAAGCAGCCGAGCGUAUGAUUAAGGAGGUGUACAAUUCGGCCCUCACCAUCUUCAACGACGCCAAAAAUGUUUCGCGUCUUGCCUUCUUCAACACCCUGGCGUCUGCCUUUUGCCAUGGAUGCUAUGAGGAGGAGUGGUUCACCAAGACCGGAGGCACGCUGGGGAUCAAGUACCUGCUCAAUGACAUUGAUCUCGGAGAUCAAUGGGUUGUGUCGAAGCAGAUGGACUUCGUACGUGCUUUAAUGUACGUCAUCAAGGAUAUGCCUCAGGAUCUGUCAGAGAAGACCAGAAGAUCGGCGCAGGUCACUCUUGAGAUGCUCCUGACUAGACUCACCAAAGGGAUCAAAAAGUCAGACUGCUUCCAUCAACAGCCACCGACUCCUGCUGCAGGACAACAACCACAACCACCGACACCCCAGUCGCAGGUCAACCCAAAGUUUGCUCGCAUUCCCAAUAUCAUUGUGAUGCUGAAUGGGGAGCUGUCCCACAUGAACCGCCAUGUGCGUGAGACGGCACGCCGUUCCCUCGAGUUGAUCGCCAAAGCUGCUGGCGCCGAGGUGUGGGAGUUGCUUGAGCCAAACAAGGCACAGUUGCUGCGGCCGAUUUUCAACAAGCCUCUGCGUGCGCUUCCAUUCGCCAUUCAGAUCGGCUUUGUGGAUGCCGUCUCCUACUACAUGUCUCUCAAGAAGGAUUUCGUCCCUUUUGACAGCGAUCUCAACAGACUGCUUAUGGAGUCUCUGGCUCUGGCAGAUGCCAGUGAUGAUUCGCUCGCUCAGAAGGCCCUCGAGUUCAGGACACAGCACUUCAUUGUGAAUCUCCGUGUCUCUUGCAUCAAGAUUCUCAGCAGCGCCAUGAGCUUCGAUGAGUUUGGGCAAGGGCAGAAUAACCCGACGAGGGGCAAGGUUGUCGGCGUGUUUUUCAAAUGCCUUUACUCCGACUCUCAGCCUACGAUCGAGGCAGCCAACAAUGCUUUGAGGUCUGUCCUCCAGCAUACGACUAAGCUUCCCAAAGAUCUGCUCCAGUCGGGGCUUCGGCCUGUUCUCGCUAGUCUUCAGGACGCCAAGCGAUUGACUGUCCAUAGUUUGGAGAAUCUUGCCCGGUUGCUUAGACUCUUGACGACUUAUUUCAAGGUCGAGAUCGGUUCCCGUCUGCUGGAUCACAUCAAGCAGAUCGCCGAUCCGGCCUUCCUGCAGGAGGCAUCCUUUACCUUUUUCGAGCAACAACAGUCGAUGAAGGUCAUUGCUGCCGUGUUCAACAUCUUCCACUUGCUGCCGGAUGCUGCCAGGCACUUCAAGGAGCGGGUUGUUGACAACGUCCUUGACCUGGAGGAGAAGCUGAGACGGACUCAUCUCAGCCCUUUCCGUGUGCCGCUUUACCGCUACCUCAACAAGUAUGCUACGGAUGUUUGGGCCAUGUUUAUUGGCAAGUUGGACGAGCUGAAAUAUGGCCGGUUCAUGUCCCAGGCUCUCCGACACCCAGACAGCCAGGAGCUCCGGGCGUGGGGUGCUGCGAAUGUGGACACCAUCAUGAAAAGGUGCAUCACGGCUGGCCAGCAGAACAAGGACAACAAGUUCGUUGCCAUUGUCAACACUAUCAACCUGCUGGAUGCUCUCUGCCAGUUCCCCAGCUCCAACCUCAUGUACUGGUUGGACGGCAAGGAGCGCAUUGACUGGCUCAAGCAGGUCGGCAAGGAGCUUGAACGCAGUUUGAAGAACAACUCCUUGCCACCACAUCUGCGCCUGCCAGCUGAUCAAGCAUCUGAACAGCUCAUGAGCAUCCUUACCAAGGCUCUGGAGCGCAAGCCUGAGGACCUGGAGCCAUUGCUCAGCUUGAUCGAGUCUGUCACUGCCGAUGACUUCCGCGAGACGCAGGUUCUGCUCUCGCACAUUUACAAGCACAUCAUCUCCAGCAACAGUAUCGAUUUCUGGAGAGCGGUGGUGCUGCGGUGUCUUGACAUCUAUGCGGGGAGAACGGCCUCUCAGCGGACGAAAUGGUAUAUCAUCCACAACAUUGUCAACCCGAUUCUCGCGAUGGACGUCAUGCGCCACUGGCCUAACAAGACCACUGGCCCAAAGUUCCUGGACAAGUCCGUAAUUGACUCGAUCAACACCAAGAUCUGGAGGGCGAAUCCAACGGGCCCCCAUGACGACCUUUCUCAGCCCCGCAUCGAUCACACGAGAAUGGAGGUACUGCAGCUUUCGGCGAUGCUCGUCAAGUAUCACAGUGGGAUGCUUGAAUCUUUUAGGAAAGACUUCAUCAAGUUUGGCUGGACCUACAUCCGUCUGGAUGAUGUUAUCAACAAGCAUGCGGCGUAUGUGGUAAUAGGUUACUUCAUCGCCCAUUACGAAACACCCAUCAAGAUCGUGACCCAAAUUUACUCGUCUUUGCUAAAGACAAACCAGAACGAGGGGCGGUCCCUCGUCACGCAGGCAUUGGAGUUGAUGGCACCUGUUAUGCCCAAGCAUUGCGCGGUCAGUCCAGGUGAUCGAAACCCGCCUUGGGCUAUGGCACCCCGCCGGAUUUUGGCCGAGGAGAGCCAGAACGCACAGCAGAUCGCUUGCAUUUUCCAGUUUUUGGUCCGGCAUCCGACCCUGUUCUACGAUUCCCGUGAUAAGUUCGCCAUGGUCAUUAUUCAGUGUCUCCGCAAGGUCGCGUCUCCUCCGAACCCAUCCAACGAAAGCAAGAAGCUUGCGUUGAACAUGAUGUGGCUCAUCUGGGAGUGGGAAAAGCAAAGGGUGGAAGGGAAGCCCACCGAGCCACCUCGUGCCUUGUCCGAGUCACCAAAUACGAAGAAGCGGAGGCUUGAGGACGCCACAGGCUCUUCUCCUUCGGCCACUAGACAGCCGGAGCGUGGUGAAUACCAGAUUCCUGCGUUGGCCCGUCAGAAGAUGAUCAAGUAUCUGGUGGAGUUCAUUGCUCAGCUCAAUGAGCGUUACCCGCUUCCCUCUGCAAGGCCGCAUGCCGCCGCGACACCAUCUCUUCCCGCACCGGCUCCGCCUUCGACUGAUCUGUGCUGCAAGGCCCUGACCCUGCUUUACAACCUUUUGCAGCCUCAAUACUGGGGAGAUCUCGAAGUAGACUUGUUCCCCAACGUCACUGAUCUCGUUCUUGUCAGCGACAAGGCUGUGGCUGUUCUCACGGCGGAGCCAUCCGGGGACAAGGAAAGUCCCAAGUUUGACGACAAGUUCACCACCAACAUCAUCAAUACUCUGCAGGUUGUUCGGACCAUCCUCAAUUUCAAGUCUGAUGACUGGAUCCAGAAGAACAUGACCCAGAUCCAGCGGAUUCUGGAGAAGUGUCUCAAGUGCGAAAACCCCGAGAUCCAGGACUGCUUGCAUUAUGACGACGGGGGGUAUCACGGUGACCUGGACAUCAAGCCGAUCGUCAAGCGCAUUCUUGAUGCCGUUCCCGAAGACGUCCCCAUGGAGGAUGCCGAUGCUGAUGGCGAGAUCGAGGCGCAGACUUCCGAGAUUAUCACUUUCUUGUCCAACAUCGCUACUGAAAGCAUGAAUGCUGGCAACUACGUUUCUGGUAUCAAUAUCCUAUGGUCUCUUGGGCGCCGCAGGCCUGAGUCGAUCGACCAGCACAUACCUGCCAUCAUGAAGUCGUUGCAGGCAAAGCUGGCCAGGGACCAUGUCUCUCAUUAUGCUUUUGUGGCCCAAACAACCACCGGAACGCGCCCAGCGGACGGCCAAAGCAGCGCAACUGAGAUGAAGCCGUACGAUCUUCAAGUCCAGACGUGCCUCAUUCUCAAGGCUAUCGAGGUUACUGCCUUGCGGAUGGACAUCCUUGGAGACAACCGUCGCCCUUUUCUCAGUGUGUUGGCGACCCUUGUGGAGAAGUCGUUGCAUGUCGAGCUGUGUGAGAAGAUCCUGGAGAUGGUUGAGGGCUGGGUGUUCCGCUCCGAGGGUACAUGGCCGUCCUUGAAGGAGAAAACGGCCGUGUUGCACAAGAUGGUCACUUUUGAGCAUCGCCAAGAUCCGAAACUGCUGAUGAAGUUUUUGGACCUCGUCAUUCGCAUCUAUGAGGAUCCCAAGAUCACGCGGACGGAGCUCACGGUGCGUCUGGAACAUGCGUUCCUUAUUGGCACAAGAGCUCAGGAUGUCGAGAUGCGCAACAAGUUCAUGUCCAUCUUUGACAAGAGCUUGUCCAAGACAGCGAGCACUCGACUGGCGUAUGUCAUCCUGAACCAGAACUGGGAGACGCUGGGCGAGUCGUACUGGUUGGCCCAGGCAUCACAGCUUCUACUUGGUGGUGUCGACAUGAACCCCACGAUUCAGCUUCAGAGCGACGACUUCCGAACGCUGCCACUUUCGGCUCUUGCUGGUGUUUAUGCCAAGGAUUCUCGCGAGCCAGAGCUGAUUCCUGAUGACAAGUAUGAGGCUUUCAUGGCGAGCCAUCGCCGGUUCAUUUCGGAGAUUGGUGACGUGAGGGUCCGUGAUGUUCUUGAGCCCAUCACUCAGUUGCAGCACAUCGAUCCCAAGCUUUCCGACCAGCUUUGGGUGGCUUUGUUUCCCAUGUUCUGGUCUGCCACAGCCAAGGAGGACCGGGCUGAUCUCGAGCGCGGAAUGGUGACUCUCCUGACCAAGGAUUACCACUCCCGCCAGAUUGACAAGAGACCAAAUGUGGUCCAGUCUCUUAUGAAUGCCGCGGUUCGCACUUGGCCUGACUGCAAGAUCCCGCCUCAUGUGCUCAAGUUCACGGCCAAGACAUAUGAUGCGUGGUACACGGCCCUGUAUCAACUGGAGAAGGCUGCCAUCAAGCCCGAGAUCGACUCGGUGGCUGUUCGGGAGAGCAACCUGGAUGCUCUGGUUGAGCUUUAUGCUUCGCUUGGGGAGGAAGAUUUGUUUUAUGGCACCUGGCGUAGGCGUUGCCAGUUUGUGGAAAGCAAUGCCGCCUUGUCGUAUGAGCAGCAUGGCAUGUGGGAGAAGGCUCAGCGCAUGUAUGAAAACGCGCAAAUCAAGGCUAGGACAGGUGUCGUGCCGUUUUCGGAGUCGGAGUACAUGCUGUGGGAGGACCAGUGGGUGAUUUGCGCGCAGAAGCUUCAACAGUGGGACGUCCUCCAGGACUUUGCCAAGCACGAGAACUUCCAGGACCUUGUGCUUGAGUGCGCUUGGCGGAGUCAGGAGUAUUGGCAGAACGCCGAGAACAGGGAGGGUCUUGACACGAUAAUUGCGGGUGUCAUGGACGCGCCGACACCAAGACGCACGUUCUUCAGGGCGUUUAUGUCGCUGAUCAAGUUUUACCACAAGCAGGAGAGUUUGCAAGACUUCAACCGUCAUGUCGACGAGGCCAUUCAACUGUCAAUCCGCAAGUGGCAUCAGCUUCCUGAGCGUCUCACGGCUGCGCAUAUCCCGGUUCUGCAAAACUUCCAGCAGCUCGUCGAGCUGCACGAUGCUAGCAUCAUCUGCACGAGCCUUGCCAACACCACCCAGCAGAACCUUGAUGUCAAGUCGGGCGAGCUCAAACUGCUACUCACGACGUGGCGCGAUCGCCUGCCAAAUACAUGGGACGAUAUUGUGGCCUGGCAUGAUCUGGUGACUUGGAGACAGCACAUCUUUGGGCUGAUCAACAACACCUAUCUUCAGCUGGUUCCCGCGCAGGGACAGAAUGCUGGUGGCGCUUCGUAUGCCUACCGUGGAUAUCACGAGACGGCAUGGAUUAUCAACCGCUUUGCUCACGUCGCGCGAAAGCACGCCUUGCCGGAUGUCUGCGUGACUCAACUCACGCGGAUCUACACGCUCCCCAACAUUGAAAUCCAGGAAGCCUUCCUCAAGCUCCGUGAGCAGGCCAAGUGCCAUUAUCAGAACGCCGAUGAGCUUACCAACGGUUUGGACGUGAUCAACAACACCAACCUCAACUACUUCAACACUACACAAAAGGCCGAGUUUUACACUCUCAAGGGCAUGUUCCAGGAGAAGCUUGGCCAGAAGGAGGAGGCCGAUGGCUCCUACGGCACGGCGUUGUACUAUGACAUCACCGCAGCCAAGGCGUGGGCCGAAUGGGGCUACUUCAACGACCGGAAGUUCAAGGACAACCCGGCAGACUUGAGCACGGCGAAGCAGGCUGUGACGAGCUAUCUGCAGGCUGCUUCCAGCUACAAGAACUACAAGUCUCGGAAGCUGGUCGCUCGAAUUCUCUGGCUUCUCAGCCUGGAUGAUGCCAAUGGCACCAUUGCCGGAGGGUUUGAUGAUUUCAAGGGGGAUAUUCACGUCUGGUGGUGGAUCACGUUUGUGCCGCAGCUUCUCAAUGGCAUCUCGCACAAAGAGGCGCCGAGGGUGUUUGCCAUUCUCAUCAAGAUUGCCAAGACGUUCCCUCAGGCACUUUACUUCCAGCUUCGCACCAGCAAGGAAGAUUAUCUUGCCAUCAAGAAGGCGCAGGAGAACAAGGCUCGACAGCGCAGUCAGCAAGCUGCUGCUGCUGCUGCCAACAAGCCUAACGGGUCACCAGCGGUUGCCAAGCAGGAAGCAGGAGCUGCCGGGGCAAAGACUGAGGGAGCUGAUGGGUCGAGACCUGCCACGGCGAACGGCGAUGCCAACCAGGUCAAGACUGAGCCUAAGGAGGCUGGCAAUCCCAACAAUGCUGCUCCUGUGCCGGCUGAGCAGCAAGCAGGUCACAAGAAGCAGCCCUGGGAGCUCACUGAGGAUAUCAUGAGCGUGCUCAAGACUGCGUUCCCUCUGCUGGCUCUGUCGAUGGAGACAAUGGUGGAUAUGAUUCAGAAGCACUUCAAGUGCCCGCCUGAUGAUGAUGCGUACCGCUUGAUUGUGGCCUUGUUCAACGACAGCCUGUCGUAUGUGAGCCGGUCGCCACAGCUGUACGCCAGAGAGGUCAAGCUGCCCCAGGCAACUGAGUCCAACAUUAUCAAAUUUGCGGAGACGAUACUCCCAGCUCACAUCCGAAGCUCCUUCGAGGCCGACUUUGUGAGAGUUAAACCCACCAUGUAUGAGUACAUUCACAAACUGAGGAAGUGGCGCGACAAGUUCGAAGAGAAGCUGGACCGCCGCCAGACACCGCAGCCACUGGAGUCGUUUGCGCAUUACUCUCCGCACCUCAGCGAGUUCCGGUACCAAAAGUUUGACGAUGUCGAGGUCCCGGGACAAUACCUCCAGCACAAGGACAAGAACCAGGACUUCAUCCGGAUCGAGCGGUUCUUGCCCAACGUCGACCUUGUGCGCAACACGGGUUCCACGCACCGCCGUCUCAAGAUUCGUGGCCAUGACGGAAGCAUGCAUGCGUUUAUGGUCCAGCAUCCUGCCCAUCGCCAGUGCCGUCGUGAGGAGCGCGUCUUGCAACUGUUCCGCCAACUCAACCAGACACUAGCCAGCAAGAAGGAGAGCCGUCGCCGCGAUCUGCAGUUCACGUUGCCGUUGAUGAUUCCGAUUGCGCCAACGAUCCGUCUAGUUCAGGAGGACACUUCUUGGAUCUCGCUCCAGGCCAUCUACGAGGACCACUGCCGUCGGAACGGUAUUUCCAAGGACGAGCCCAUCAUGUACACCAUGGAAAAGCUUAGAGCGCUCAUGGACAACAAGGGAGGUGUAAGUUUUUCCCGCUCCGGCCCCCCGGGACAUUCUGGACCAGCCCACCCUAAUCAGGCCCUGACUCCGCAGCAGAAACAAGAGCAGUUGAAUACGGCUCGUCUGGAGGUGAUGCGUGCGAUUCAGGAAAAGUAUGUCGACCACACCAUCACGUUGGAGUACUUCCAGCUGGCCUACCCCGACUUUUCCGAGUUUUGGCUGUUCCGUCGCCGGUUUGCCUACCAGCUGGCGGCGCUGACGUUUAUGACGUACACGCUUCACAUCGACAAGCGAUACCCCAACAAGUUCAACAUUUCCAGAAAGACGGGCAACAUCUGGGGCUCCGAGCUCCUUUCGCAGAUUGCCCAAAACCGACCAAUCUUUUACCACUCGGAGCACGUACCUUUCCGGCUGACACCCAACAUGCAGACGUUGAUGGGCCCCCUGGCGACGGAGGGGAUCUUUGCCGCGUCCAUCAUGGCGAUUGCGCGGUGCCUGACGGAGCCGCAGUUCCAGCUGGAGCAUGCCCUGACGCUGUAUGUGAGGGACGAGAUGAUGUUUUGGUUCACGUCUAACAGGACGACGGGCCUGACGGAGACUCAGCUGCGGGAGACGGUGCAGGCGAACUGCGAUAUUGUGGUCAAGAAGGCGGUUUCGUUGGCGCAGGCUCCGGCGGCGAACCUGCCGGCGCAUCAGACGGUUAUUGACUUGAUUAGCAAGGCGGUUAAUCCGGUUAGUUUGGCGGUUACGCUGGAUCCGUUGUGGAUGCCUUGGUUGUAA